UUGGUGUAAGUGAGACACCACUUGCACCAUAGUUGCUAAGAGAUUUUUGGAUCUUGAUUCUGGUACCGAGCGCCGCGUGUUUCGAAUCCGCGCCAGAUGCCAUGGACCUCAAUUACCACAAAAGGUCUCUCCAGCUGUCACGCCGUUAGCCGUGAGUGCGCUCGCACUCCUUGCCUUCGUACAUGUGAGGGCGCCACGGUGGAGCGCUUGGUCCUAGCGGCCAAUAGCAAUAUACUCUAUCAGGUUUUCAGUGGAAAUGAGACACCACAUGUACCAUACUAACAGAUUUUUUAAAAUUGAUAAAUCGGCUUUGUUUAGCAGGGAGAUUUCAUUGCAUGGGUGCAAUGUUUAUUUUCUCAUCAACUGUGUUUUGGUGAAGGGAACCACCACAUCCACCAUACUGACUACUGGAGAUAAUUGGAAAAUCUUCUUUCUUCUGGGCAGGCAGCUGCAUCUGACUCAGCCAGAGACAGUGCCUGAAACCGGUUUGUCAGACGCAUCGGGGAGGCCUUCUGAUCAGCCUCCGGGGACGUCUUUCGCUGCCUGCCACACCUUGGAACGACCUCCCAAUCAACCACAACUAAUAGUAUAACAAUAGGUACAGUAACAGUAAAUCAACCAAUAAAGGGGAAGAGGAAAAGGAAUCCAAUGACGAAGGCAAAUAACAUAUUUUAAAGUACGGAAGCAAUUAAGAAACAACAAAAUUAGGCCUACAGUUAACGGCAAGACCAUGCGAAAAACAAGGUGUUCAACAGCAUACUAUUGUAGCAGUAUGUGGAUGUUUGCCUGGAAACUAGUAAUGAGGCUUAUGGGAAGUUAUGCACUGCCCAUAUAUAACCAUGUAUUAUUGGGAGGUUGUGAAAAGUGAAAGUAGAAGACUGUGGAAGUAGAAGACUGUGCAUCUGUCGGCUACAUCAUUUACAGUAGACAGUACUGCACAUCCACCCCCUAUGUUUUCAGCAAGUAUGUCGACACUGAGGACAACAAAGUAGGCAAACCACAACAAAAUGUCAGUUUACUUGCAGCACAGUUUAAACUAUGUUGAAAAAUGAUUUGACUUUGAAGAAAGUGUCCACAGGACUUUCAAACCAUUUUCACUGACAGUGAAACAGAGCUCAUUUUCAGAAUUUGUAGAAGUGAUUUCUUGAUAUGAAUUUCUUGUAGAUAGGGAUUUGAUGUUUGAAGAAUGUGUGUAGUUAAAGUACUUUCUCAAGCAAGAAGAGAAGAACUUUUUAAGAUGAAAUCUGAUUUGUGGAAGGAAUUUUUUUCAUUGUUAUGAAAACUGUGACAACUUCUUCAAACUUUUCCGUUUUGCUUCAGAUGAGUUUUCAGCCUGAUGAUGAACACUUGGUGAGCUGAGAUGCAUCUUUUCCCAGCAGCAACAUCAGAAGCUGAAAUAAUAAUGAAGAUGGUUUAGUGAUUUACAUGUCUCCAGUUUUGUUGCUUUCUUGAUGAUUAAGAAGAGAAGAUUCUAUGAAGGAGAUUGAAAAGUGAGCAAAACUCUCAAUAAGGUAAAAACAGUCUCACAGAGACUUCUGUUCAGUAGUAGAUUAUGAUAAAUAUUCUGGUUAACGAAGUAUCUGAUUCAAUUCAUUUUGCAGCAAUAAUUGCAAACCUGCUGUUCAAAAAUGGAAGCCUUUUGGAUUGAUAUUUUGUUUGUGAUAAUUUGUUUGAAAUUUCUUUCAUUUUCUUUGAUGUUUGAGAAUAUUCAUUACAUUAUAAAUUUCAUUUUUUUCUUCAACUGUAAAAUGGCAUGUUUCACAAUUUGAAAUUAUGCGGUUAUGAAAAUGCGUCAUAGCACUUCUCUGUCAAAUAGAAACUGUUAUAAUUUUUCAUAAAGACCAGAACAGUUCCUGAAGUUAAUAUUGUAAAAAUGUGUCUUCGAUGCUUUGCACCAGUGACUUGAGUUGUGCUAUCUUUGUUAACUUUCUCAAUAGUUUUAGUGACUUGAUGUCACAUGGAACCAAGUGCAGUUUUAUCUGUUGGACUGAGUAAUGUGAACUCAGUGUAUAUCAUGAACUGUAAUUUGUUUUUACAAUUCUGCAACUUUGAAAUCAGUGUCCAUUUAAAAGUGACUCUUUUUACCCAGUUGCCAAAGCUUUAGAAAUGUGUUGUUAAUUGUUGAUUACAUUUGGAGAAUUGGGCUUAGCAAAAACUAAAUGUUCUUUCAUGUGCAAGUCAAGAUAUUAACUGAAACCAUAUGACCUAGAGCCCACAAUGAAUUGUAGUGGUAAAUAUAUUUGGAUGGUGAGCUGAGCCACAAAAUACUUCAGAUCAUGUCAAUGAUUGUUAAUACUGUUUUCUAGGUUAUGCAACAAAUGUCAUUAGAACUCUAUUCUACAGUGUCAUAUCCCAACGUUACACUUCAGACAGUUCUGACAACAAAAUGUUACAGCUUUAAUUACAUCAUUUCAAUAACUUCUUGUUGUUUGGAG